UUAGACGUUAAUUUAGAUAUUGAACUGGACAGUCCCGUUUUGGUUUUACCUAGAUCCCAUGCCAGUACAGAGGUUUUUGUAGCCCAUUUAGGUAAAAUCAAGAUAACUAAUAGUUACAGCAAUUCCAGCGAUAGUAUUAACGAUGGUUAUUUCUAUGAUCCGUCUGAGAGUAGGAAAGAACAUUACGAUUUUGAGGUUAGAGAUAUGAAUAUAUAUUCGUUGAAUAUCAGUUCGAGAAGAGUUCCUGGACCAAUGAUAAGCAAGCCUGAGGUUUUAUAUAGCUGUAAAAAUUUAGCCAAACCUAUUCUGCAUGACACCAUGCUUCAAUUGAAUAUAGAUAGAGAAAUAAGAAAAUAUAGUAAAGGAAAAAUGGAUGAGAGUAUUCUUUUAGACAACGAAGAAGAUUAUGAUGCAUUAUUAGAGAAGCCGCCUAACGUUAUUGAAGUGUCGGGAAGUAUAGUGACAGCUUUAAAAGUGUCAUUGUCAAGGUCGCAGUAUGAACAGGUUUUGGAUACAGUACAGUGGCUUACUUCCUCCCCUACUUUGAAUGAUUCACAGGGUGUUUCUAGGACUAAUAUCAGGUCUCAGCCGAUACUUAGCGAUAUUACAGAGGAAGAUACGGGUGUAACGACACUGAAUAUGGAUCCCCACAUCAGAGCAAAACUCUUCUCCCCUAGCUCCACCUCUUUUACAAAAAUACGAAAAACACAUCACAAAAAUAUUAAUCUUUUAAUAAAAGUAAACUUUGAACUGCCCAUAUUUACCAUAGAACUGAGAGGUGAUGGGCCCAACGGAGAGCAAGGAUUGGUCGAUUUAAGUUUUCAGGAUUUUAAAUUUAACUACGAAAAAUCUCACAAAUACGAGACAAACGUCUUGAUAUCUCUGAGGUCGAUUUUUAUGGAGGAUUUGCUUCAACCCGAAGGAUCAAGGCAACGUUCCAUGGUUAUAUCUUCAAACGGAUCGGAUCCACCACCAAACACGACUUGCGUGUCAAGAUCCUGCCCUGAUAUAACCUCACAUCCUCACAUUUCCGGUGUGAUGCAUGGAUCUUUGCCCGAUCACUUAGAAACGGGCAACGUCUUCGGGACGGUGCAUAUUCCCCAAAAUACAGAACCUGAAACAUCUAAUUAUCCAUCAACACCACCUCCAAGCCCCACUCAUGGUCGUACGAGACUAGAAAAGAAUCUUGUUCUUGUUUCCUCAAUUAUCGUGGAUCCAGCAGCUCCAAAUUUCGACACCCAGUAUAAUUCCACCCACAGAUCCACAUCCGUGGACUUCAGUUGUCUGGAUUUGGUGAUAAGCGUUCCAUCUUGGGUGGUGGUUAUAGAUUUUUUUAGUGGUUCCAAUUCAGCCAGCAAAUAUUCUUCUAACACUAAUCUGAGCAGCAGCACUGAAGAGAGAAAAGCAAGUUUAGAAAAUAAACAUAAAGCGUUGACAGAUAUUACAGUGUGCUCUCUUACAGUGGUUUUGGUCAAGCCAGACAUGGAAAUAGCCAGAGCGAACAUAUCCAGCGUUGAAAUUCUAAUAAGCACUCGAGGAUUAUACAAAGAAGUCACUGGAAAAUUAGGUUCUAUGUCGCUGUUAGACAUGACAUUACACGGUCAAAUCUAUCGUGAAAGGUUCCUUACAUCUGGGAAAGAAGCUUUGCAGUUUCAAUAUAUACGGCAUGCGCCAAGCGCUGAAAAAGAAUAUGAUGCGCUAUUGAAGUUGGAUAUGGCGUCAGUUAUGUACGUUCACACUAAGCGGUUUGUAGCGGAAAUACAGGCGUUUUUUAACAAGUUUAUUGAAAGGCAGGCAACAGUGAUGAAGGGUAUACAUGCAGCUACCAGUGGAAAAUUAGUUUCAAGUGAACCUUUCCGGUUGUCACUCAAUCUCAAGGUUGGUUCUCCAAUAAUCCUACUUCCUGUAAGCUCAAAAUCUACCAGUUUACUCAUCAUUGACCUAGGACAACUCGUGAUCACAAACACUUUCAAACUUUCUGGUGACGAAGGCACUAUAAGCGUCUUAUCCGAUACAGAAUCCAAAAAGAAGUGCCUCCUUGAGGUGAUGCACAUUAACUUAGAAAACAUGGACCUGUACACAGGCAUCAAAGAGAGCGAACUCAGUCCUUUAAAGAAGUCUUCAGAUAAUAGCUUUAAAUUUGGUUCGUCGUUUAUUAUGAGAAAAGGACCGUCUUUGUUAACGAAAAAGUUUGAACUAAAACUUCAGUAUGAAAGGAACUUGUACAAAAACUUCUGUCACAUCGUUGCCGAUUCGAGUAUAUAUGGAAAUUUGUCUACUCUAGACGGAGCAUUAGACUUACAACAGUACAAAUUAAUCAGAGGUUUAUUGACUUAUAAUUUGGGUGAAGAUACGGAAAGAAUAUUUCCUUCGGUCUAUUUGAGGAGUGCUAGCAUUGAGAUGGAAUCCAGAGAAGAAUGGAUUAUAUCAUCCAUAAAAUUGAACAUGCAAAACGUUUCUUUACGGUUGGUAAUGUCUCAUGGAUACCACUCACCAUUAACAUGCAUCAACUUCAUAAAAUCACACUUAACUGUUGAAACAUUCAGUAAUCUAAGUCAAGAUGUUGACCUAGUUUCACAAGAAAUUCUAGUUCUUGAUACAAGAUUUGAAGGUUCAGAACACGAGUCUAAAAACAAUAAUAACGUAUUUACGAAUAUCCUGCAGCCUAUAAAGAACUCUGCAGGGUCCAGUGAUCUUGUCCAGGCCGAAAUACACAGCAGGAGACGGCAGGAUCACAUAAAAGUGACGAUUUUACUGAAUAACAUGAGACUGAUGGCGAUAUUUGAUUGGUGGGAAUCAGUGAGGGAGUUUAUUUUCCAGGAGUUUGAGAUGAUUUAUACCAGUCCUGAGCAUCAGAAAAUAACGAAAACUCUGAGUACUGGUCGAGAUAUUUCUUUUGAACUUAAACUAAACGUUACAGAUUCUGAGCUGGUAGUUGUUGAAGAUUCAGCUCAGUGGGAUAGUAACGCAGUUAUUUUAAAGAGUACGACAGUGGUAAAAUACCGGCCAAACCAUUUAGAAAAGCCAUUGUCCUGUAGCUUAAAUAACUGUGAAAUGUUUUCGUGUAUUUUGGGAAUUGAAGAUGAAACAGCCUUAUCCAUUAUUGACCCAAUCACUCUGAACAUUGAAGUAGUUAAAGAUGGUCUUAUGGAAAUACAGCUACAGUUUUUGACAGUUCGAUUGUCUUAUCAUGACAUGUGCAUGUUCAAACAAAUGUUGGACUCUUUACCAAAACAAUUCAUGACUGGACAGGAAAAAGAAAUAGAAGAAUCUCCUAAAUUAAGAAAUAAAUUAAAGGUAUUAAUGGCGCUGGGUUUUAACAACGAAGAUUGUUUGAAAGCCUUGGAAACAUCUGAAAAUAGACUGGAUGACGCAGCAAUUUGGCUGACUCAGCAUGCCAAAGUUAAUUAUAACAUUAAACAGAAGAAAACUUUAGAUAUAAAAACCAUUGAAAUUAAAGCUAGUUGUAUUUCCAUCUGUAUCAUCGACGAUUGUGGUGAUUCUGAUGUACCCUUAAUAGAGCUGCUGUUCUCUGAUCUGGAAUUCGUACAAACGUUGCCUGAUAUAAAUUUUACAAAUCCAGUUGGUUCUAAUGGUUAUAUACACUGCUCUCUGGCUAGCGACUAUUACAACAGGGUUCUUUCUGGAUGGGAACCAAUAAUUGAACCUUGGAUCUGUAAAAUAUCGUGGGAGAAAAACAUGCCACAAAUGUUAAAGACCCGCCUCAAGCUAAAGGUCCAAUCAGAUCACACGUUAAACUUCAACAUGACCUCCACCUUUAUGGACUUGUACAGACAAGUUAAAGAAAACUGGAUUAAUGAUUUCAUGAAGAAGUCCAGUGUCGCGCAGAAAGGCACAAUGAGUUUCAGAAGAAGGUCUCCUUUUAUACCUUUUGCUUUAAAGAACGACACGGGUAGCAGUUUGAAGUUUACCUUGCUCUUGAGCAACUUGAAUACUCCAAAACCUCUGAUACCGAAUAAUGAGGAUAACUGGAUUAUUGCGGAAGCUGGGGACACGAUACCGUUUUCUUUUACUAACAGAGGUAAAUCAAGGUAUCAAAAUUCUCAUAAAUUGGAGCUGCACUAUUUGACAGUCAAAAUAGAUGGAUGGCACCCAGUUGAACCUAUAACUAUCGAUAAAGUUGGCACGUAUUUUAGGGAUACUCCAGCAGAUGUUCUUAAUAGGUUGAGCUCUGAUGUGGCCUUGGAAGGAUCAGCAAGAAAAUUAGUUACAGUGAGGUCCGGACUAAGAAUUACCAAUAAUUUACCUCACGCCAUCGAAAUGAAGUUGGAAAGUAGAUUACCUCAUGAUUUCAUUUCCAUUGUAAUUAAAUAUAAAUUUUUUUCACUGGAACCUAAAGGGUGUCUGGCUUUACCUAUAGCGCAUGCCCAUUCUUUGAUAAAUAUUAGACCAACAGGACUAGCUCAUCAAUAUACGUUUUCUAAUACUACCCUGAUGUGGAACGAAUCUUUGAGUAGUCAAAGAAUACAAAGUGGAGCCUGUCAUACACACAAGGGAGACAACUACAGAUUUUGCGCUCAAUCGUUGCGGGAAAAAGUCUUGGUUGAAAGAAACAUGAAAAUUGAGCAGCCUAUGCACCAGAUUGUUUUAAUGCCACCACUGAUGUUGGUGAAUCUUUUUUACCACUGAUUAUUGUAUGCAUUGGCUGAUAGCAAUGUUAUUAAACCAGGGUGUAGCGCAGCAUUGACACAUGUUGAUCUAGAGCAAGAUAUGUAUUUAGAAAUUAGGUUGGAAAAUUUCAAGAUGAGCAGUCAUUUUGUUAUAGUCCCGGGAAUAACGCAACAAGCCUAUAAAAUCAAAUUGGAGGAUUCUAAACAAAGAAAAUUAUAUCUAACAGCUGAAGUUUCAUUAAAUAGGGACGCAAAGAUCAAGAUAUCCAUUCUGGCCUCGUAUUGGAUUGUAAAUAGAACAGGACUUCCGAUCGUUUUUAAACAGUCGGGAACCUCCAUGGAAGCUGCAGGACAGUUUGAUGAGCACGAGCAAGCGAGAAUGGUCUCGCCUUUGCUUUUUAGUUUUUUGGAACACGAUACUAGUCAAACCAUAAAUGCUAGAGUCGGUAAAAGAGUCGUCUGGGAUGGGACACCACAAUGGUGUUCAAAUUUUCAUGUAAGAAAAGGCACACAAUAUCGCAAGUUAUACGUAACUAUACGCGAGGAUAGGUCAGAUAGAGUCUUCAUCAUAGGAAUCGAAGUACGAUUUGGUAGAGGCAAAUACAGAAAUACCACGAUCAUAUUCAUAUCGCCCAGAUUCCAACUACACAACAAAAGUUCCUAUAAGUUGGGCCUUUGCACAAACACAUAUGGUCAAAAAUCUCUUGGAAAGCCAGUCUUCUAUUUGUUCUUCCACAAUCAACCUGAUGUUUUGCUUCUCAGCGUUUCGAUUGAAGAUAUUCCUGAUUGUGGAUGGUCAGGAGGAUUCCAAAUCGACACAGACAAUUCAAUGCAUAUAAAUAUAAGAGAUGCCAAUUCGAGAGUAUACUUUCUUCGUCUCGAAGUUGUUCUACAGGUAAGAUAUUAUGUGGUGUUUACUGAUGCUGACACCAUGCCGCCUCCUAUAAGAGUAGAUAAUUUUUCCGAAGUGUCUAUUAUAUUUGGACAGAGUGGUUGUGAAUUGCUUAGUACAGCAAGAGCCCAUUCUAGUGUGCCUUACGCUCUGGAUGAACCCACCAAAGCGAAUUACAUAAAACUGAUAGCUCCAGGAGGCGUAACCCAUGCGUAUAAUCUCAACAACUUAGGCCCGACGACGGAAUUAACCUACGAAAAUUUCAUAUAUAUUGCUUUCGUGGGAACGUUUAAAAAUCAUCAGAAGGUGAAAGAUCCUCAAGAAGUGGAAUGCCAGGAAUUGGUGUUGGAUAUAGGACGAAACAAUAAAGUUAUUUUGGCUAGGAAGAUACCUGGGCAAAGAUCUCAGCUGUGGAAAUUUACAUCUGAAGACUCCCGCACCGACUUCACUCGGAACCGUUCCACGCUCCGGGAGCAAUCAGAAAGGCGCAUCGAUGAUGACGAGACCUCGACUGUCAAAUGGUGCAAAGCCAGAAAUUAUGAAGAGAAAUUGUUAGCUUACCAAGUGCUUCGCAGCGGACCAGAAGAUCUGCUUUGUAUAGUGUCAGAUAAAAUGGUUAGAAUAGUGACUGGACCACCAGAUCUAACCACCAUCAUACCGUGUCAUUUAAGCGACCUAGAAUCCUGUAACGUGAUCAAAGACUCCGAAAAGAACGAGACCAAGUACUACAUAGAAAUAGUGAUGCACCACGCAGGUCUGAACGCUGCGGUUUUGAAUCCCGACCCGAUCAAAAGGCCGAAGGUGCGCUGCAACACCGCAGAAACGGCCGUUACUACCGCGCAGCAAAUCAACUGCGCCAGAACGCUGUACAUCGAGAACCUGUACACGCUGAUCGGCGAGGAGAACAAUGCAACAUUGGAAGACUGAAGAGGCGAAAGUCACCAAACACGAAACGUAAUUGUACAUAUUUAUUUUUAUUAAAAAUAAGCGGACAAAUCUAUAAAAAAGACGUAACAACGAAUGUGAUAAAGUACUUGUUAUUUUUUAGUUGAUUAACGUUUUUUUACGCGUUAAAAAAAACGAGUUACCAACGCACUCAGUCAAAGAAAAAAGUUUGAUUUUACUUAUAUUCACAGUUAAGCUGAAAAAAAUCUUCACGGAUUCGUUUAUUUAUCUUUGUUUUGCUGUAUACCGGGUGCGUCUCAAAAGUGGCUCACUCCUAAACGAGAUAUUGUAUGUUAGUAAAUGACUAAUGAAUGAAUAAAUUAGGAUUGAUUGACGUAUUCAAUUGGUUUUGGUCAUUUUUAAAUGACACCCACUUUAUUUUUUUACUUUAUUCCAUAGAAAAUGACACUCUGAGUGAAAUGACA